AUGGCUCCAUUGCGACGUUCCAUUGCUUUUCGACAAAGUAUCCGACGGUUCCAGAAAUCAAUCCAGGAAGGGACAAUCUGUACAACAAUCGGUUACGGACAUCUUUAUCCAUCUACAACAGCUGGUCGUAUUUUUACAAUGCUUUAUGCGAUUGUUGGUAUUCCACUCGUCCUCAGUAUACUUGAUGAUCUCGGUAAACUAUUGACGAAGUGUCUUAAAACUCCCUGGUACCUCACUAAAUGUGGAUGUCGCCGUUUGUUCCGCUAUUGCACCAAGCAGACAAUGGCCGAAAUUCGGGAGCUAGAUGCAGAAGAUAAAAGAGAUCUCGAAAUCUUUGAUUUACCAAUACCGAUAGCAAUAUCUGUUGUUAUUGCAUGGAUAUUUAUUUGUUCUGCGACAUUUUGUCUUUGGGAAAAAGACUGGGAUUAUUUUGUUGCCUUUUACUUCUUCUUCAUAUCUUUAAGCACAAUUGGCCUCGGUGAUAUCACCCCGACGCAGCCAAAAUAUUUGCUCAUGCUAUUCAUUUAUAUCAUUGUUGGCCUUUCGUUAGUUUCUAUGUGUAUUAAUUUGAUACAAUCCGAAAUGGCUCGAACGUACGAAGUUGGGCAACUGGAUAAUUUAAGCUUAAAUUCAGCUGAUCUUUCUUUUGGAAAUAUAAACCAGAGUUGCGACAGGAAACGUUCUGAUUCCGCCAAUGAAAACAGUAUUAUCAAUGGCAGUAUGCGAUCAUUGCCUGGUGAUUCCCUUCUGCGUAUUUCAGUUAAUAAGAAAAAAUUUAAUAAAUCAUCACAAACGAUGCUGUCAUUUCCCAGCCCUCGCCGAAAUUUAAACAUCUGUAGAGAUAUCCAUAAUGUGGGAGUUAAGUUUCUGCCGAGGAAUUUAUCGGUCGAUGAUGUGAUGAAGCUGGUGGAUACCGAAGAAGGAGAUAUUCUGGUACUGACUGAGCUUGUUCGAGAUGAUAGCAAUGUUUCGGAUAACAGCGAUGAUGGUAGUCAGUCUGUUCAUUCAAAAUUACUAGGUAAUUACCCCAGGAUAUCCUCCUUAUUGCCAAAUUCACCGUCAACUUCCCUCAUUCAAAACAUAUUUUCGAAUCAUAUCAACCUAAAUGGAAUUAAAAUAACGCCAUCAAUGCAUGAUAUUGAAACAACUGAAGAGAUGGAGGACCGAAUUCUUUUGGGGAGGGCUGUUAAUAUGUUCAAUUCACCUGCCGUCCAUUUUAGAUCCAGGGUGAGUCUGGUACCUAAAGGGCACGAUGUGAUUGAUGAAGGUGAUGAAGAAGGAUAUGUGGAUGAAGACGACGAGAAUGACGGUAAUAAUGAUGACGACAGUCAUCCCUUGGAAAUCAAAUUUGCUGAAGAACCUCAAGCCUCUCAAGCUUCUAUGGAACGAAUUAGGUUCCCGCUAUAUUUCUAA